AGCGCAGCGGAGGGGAGGCUCUCUUCGCCGCCGUGCAUCUCUCCUCCAUCUCCUCCUCACUUUUUCAGUCGGCCAGCAAGCCUGUCGGAGCUCUUAACUACAGCCCCAAACACUGUCACUACGCUGACAAACUGCAGGAAGGAUUUCUAGCCUCUCGCCUCUCCGCGUUUUGCUCAUUUCUUCGCCGCCUCGAAUGAAACGCAUCGGAGUUUUUGGCGUAUUCUGAAUGGGAGAAAAAUAAAGCGAUAAAAUAAUGCAGCAGCGGAAAGGGAAGCAAGUCUCACUAGUCUCCCCCUCUGAAUAACGCCAAAUGGAUGCUGUGCUGAGAGCCUCACCCCCUCACCAACUGCUAUGGAGGCAUGCCAAGCCAUGCAAGUGACCUUUAUCACACCAUGAAUGCAAGCUCUGCUGUUCAAAGAGGACACAAGUAACCUUUUCUUGUUAUCUAAGAAGGAGCGGUUGAUCUGAAGAGAGGAGGGGGGAAACAAGAGGCAGAGAAAGAAAAGUCUCGUAAAGCAAACAAACAAAACACACAACGACAGGAUGCCAAAGUGGUCCGAGGAGAUGCUCAUGGAUCUUUGGAUGUCCUUGCUGCUGGUGUGGAUUACUUGUGUUCCCUGCGUGUCUAUGACUCCUAUCAUAGGCCAGUCCAUAAGUACACAAACUGGUGGGUCCGCAGCGGUGGCAAGCGGUCUUGGCGAAGGACAAAGAUUACUGAGCCGCGCCAAGAGAGGAUGGGUUUGGAAUCAAAUGUUUGUGCUGGAGGAAUUUUCUGGACCAGAUCCAAUUCUAGUUGGCAGGCUACACACAGACUUGGAUGUGGGCAACAAGAACAUCAAGUAUGUCCUAGCUGGUGAGGGGGCAGGCACCAUCUUUGCCAUCAACGAGUUAACAGGUGACAUCCAUGCUAUGAAGAGGCUGGAUCGUGAGGAGAAGGCAGAGUACACGCUUACAGCCCAGGUCGUUAAUGCCGAUACAGAUGAGCCUUUGGAGCCACCGUCUGAGUUCAUCAUCAAAGUUCAGGACAUAAACGACAAUCCACCGCAGUUCAUUGAAGGUCCUUACCAUGCCGCUGUUCCAGAAAUGUCUGCUGUUGGUACCCCUGUUACCAGGGUAACAGCCACAGAUGCUGAUGAUCCAGUGUAUGGGAACAGCGCAAAACUAGUCUACAGCAUACUGGAGGGACAGCCAUAUUUCUCUGUAGACCCCAACUCAGCAACCAUAAAAAUUGCUCUCCAUGGAAUGGAUCGGGAGAUGAGGGAGGAGUAUCUGGUGGUCAUUCAGGCUAAGGACAUGGGAGGUCACAUGGGUGGCUUGUCAGGAACUACAACUGUCACUGUCACACUAACAGACAUCAAUGACAAUCCACCAAAGUUCUCUAAAAGUUUGUAUGAGUUUGUGAUCCCUGAAGACCUACCAAUAGGCAAAAUGGGUGGCAAGGUGAAGGCAAAUGAUCGAGACAUUGGUGAGAAUGGCAAGUCUACAUACAACAUCAUCGAGGGAGAUGAACAAGGCCUUUUUGAGAUUGUCACGGACACACAGACACAAGAAGGGAUUCUACAACUAAAAAAGCCCAUAGACUAUGAGAGCAAGCGAGCCUACACGCUUAAAGUUGAAGCUACCAACAUCCGCGCUGAGCCAAGCAGCAGCGGUGGACCCUUUAAGGAUACAGCUACAGUGAAGAUUGUGGUAGAAGACUCGGAUGAACCUCCUGUCUUCUCCAAACCCAUGUACUUACUGGAGGUGAAUGAGAAUGCCCCCAUCAACACCGUCAUAGGGACAGUCACCGCCCGAGAUCCAGAUUCUACUGGGAGCCUUGUGAGGUACUUCAUUGAUCGUCACACAGAUCUGGAGAGGCAGUUCAACAUUAAUGUGGACAAUGGGAAGAUCACACUAGCCAAACCACUGGACCGGGAGACAGACAUGUGGCACAACAUCACAGUAACCGCUACAGAAGUCAGAAAUCACAGUCAGAUAUCAAGGGCAAUUGUGGCCAUCAGAGUAAUGGACAUUAACGACAAUGCCCCUGAAUUUGCUACAGAAUACGAGGCCUUUCUGUGUGAAAAUGGAAAGCCUGGACAGGUAAUCCAGACUGUCAGCGCGGUGGACAAAGAUGACCCAAUCCAAGGCCACUACUUUGAUUAUCGCCUAGUCCCAGAGAUGCUCAACAAUCCCAACUUUACCAUCAAAAACAACCAAGACAAUUCAAUCAGCGUUCUGGCCAAGCAUGAUACCUUCCGACGACAGAAACAAGAGAUGUACUUUCUGCCAAUCAUUGUGACCGAUAAUGGAAAUCCACCAAUGAGUAGUACCAACACCUUGACCAUCAGAGUGUGUGGGUGCAGCAAAGAUGGCAUCGUCCAAUCCUGCAACGUGGAAGCCUAUGUUUUACCUAUUGGCCUUAGCAUGGGGGCUCUCAUUGCCAUCCUUGCCUGCAUUAUACUCCUGUUAGUAAUAGUAGUACUAUUUGUGACACUAAGGAGACACAAGAAUGAGCCUCUGAUUAUCAAAGAUGACGAAGAUGUGAGGGAGAAUAUUAUCCGUUAUGAUGAUGAAGGCGGUGGUGAGGAGGACACAGAGGCAUUUGACAUCGCCACGCUACAGAACCCAGACGGCAUCAAUGGUUACCUGCCACGCAAGGACAUCAAGCCUGACCUGCAGUUUAUGCCACGGGCGGGCCAGCAUUCAGGCCCAAAUGGCGUAGACGUGGACGAAUUCAUCAAUGUGCGGCUCCACGAGGCAGACAAUGAUCCAACAGCGCCACCUUACGACUCCAUCCAGAUCUAUGGAUACGAGGGCCGGGGAUCCAUCGCUGGUUCCCUCAGCUCAUUGGAAACGGCAUCUUCAGACUCAGACCAGAACUAUGACUAUCUUAGAGAGUGGGGACCACGGUUCAGAAGACUUGGGGAGCUCUACUCUGUGGGUGAGAGUGACCGCGAGACCUGACCUUUGGUUUGUUAGUAAAAAAAAGACCUUUGAGAUUUUUUUUGUCCACAUACUUGUGUAUUACAUGCUAGGGGGUUUGCUGGCUUUUAGAAACAGGUGUUAAAAAAAAACAAUUAAUAACAAGAGAGGCCACCUUUUUGUAUUCUUUUUAGAGUCAGAUAUAGCAGUUGUCAUCCACUACGUCAAGCGCAUUGUAAUUGUUGAGCCAAACAAUGUCUUUCUUAGGAGAUCUAUGAUUCUUGUGGAGUGUAUCUUAGAUUCCGUUGUGGAGUGUCUAGCAGUAUCUUGGGUCUUAGUCAUUUGCUGUGACUGCCAGUAGGUGUAAAACCCCAGCAUUGCUGGUAGUUGCCCGAUGAAAGGAUUUUUGGGGUUCUCUGAAGCUUGAGUGGACACCAUACUCCAUGCUCCAUGGGCACCAAGCUGGACUACAGAAGCUGCAGAGGGAGUCUCAUAUCUCCCUAAGCCACCCAGCUGAUGGGUGAUCAGGAGCAAAAUGACAAUGAAAAAGCAAUAUAUGGUCUACAUUAUAAUGAUGAAUGUAUGUAUGAAUUGAAGAAAAAAAAAGCAAAAAGACAAAGCAGUAUUGGCUUUAAGGUGAAUUUGUUAUAAUUUGAUAUGUUCUCUGGUGGCCACAUUUAUAAACUAUCUAAAGCCCAGAAAGGCUUGCUUUAUACAACUCUUUGUAUUUACAUGCUACAGGUGUGGGUUGCAAGUGUUACUAGUCUAUAAAAGACUGAAGUGAAAAAAAAGAGAAAUGUAGAAACUCUGAGGCCUUCUUUUUACAGAAGCAACAUUAAAUACACUUGUAAUCUACAGUUUUUUGACAAGAGAUGUGUUGAUUCUUCAUUAUUGUUCUAUGAGUUUUUGUAUAUCUGUCCUUAAGUCAUUUUUUUCUGUGCUGACUAUUUGAAGUGAGUGUGUUUAGAUUUUUUCACUUUCAGCUGUUUUUUCAACAACUUGAACACUGUUUCAUAAUAGCCAAACCAUAUCAUGAAUUUAUUGCAGUUGAUGAUCUGGACUAGACAUGAAGAGACAAAAGCGAGCUCUACAUAACUGUAACAAUAGACAUAAAGUAAUUAAUCAGAACUGCAGAAAUGGGACCUUUCUGAGAUGUGCUAAUUGUGUGUAAAAUAAAUCUCAUAGUAUAUUCCUGGUGCAGCCAGUGUCUGAGCACAAUAAACUAAUUGAUAUGUGACUCCUUCUAAACAUCAAAUCUCAUUUAGGAAACACAGAUUGCAUUAGUCCAAGAAAAAUUAAAACACAAAGUCCAGACCAUGUGCAUAUUGUGCUUACACUGUAUGAUAUCAAUAAAAGGCUUGUACUGUACAUAGAGUUACUGCUAACGUCAUUAGCUUUCAAUGAGGUGGUAGGUUUUGUCUCUGCACGUUAGCUCUUGCACAUAAUGAGAAUUCCAAUGGCACUACAGCUGUGUGCAUACUCAGUUUGUACUGAUACAGUAUUAUGGCAGUUCUCGGUAGACUAAACAAUAUAUAUGGAAUAGUCAUGCAGAUCCUAUUUUCUACUGUGCUUUAAUGCUUAUAUAAAUGUGUAUGUUCAAUUAUUUACUCCCUGUACUGUAAUCUAAGAUACCCUGUAUUGUUUCCUACUUUGUGAAAUAUAUUUUUACAAAUA